AAGACGAUAAGACGAUAAAGCGAUAACGGACAAUUGAAAGAGUCGAUUUUCGAUACUUACAAAUCUUGUCUAUUUUAAUAAAACUUGCAUUAGAGUGGGAUUUGACAAUUCCAUCUAAGCUACCCAUAAGCCCCAAGGGAUUCCUCUCGGCGCAUGUGCUUAAUGUAAUUGAGCCGAUUGGAGCUUAUAGUCUGAUUAUCCCGUCCCAAAUGGCGACGAUAGAAUCUUCCAACAGCUCCAGUACGGGGGUCUCCGAUGUCGAUGACUCUGUCAAUGGCAACGACAGACAAGAAGAGCACGGCCAAAGUCGAGACGAGAGGAGGGCUAAUAAAAAGAAGAGAAGAAGAAGGGCCAAAGAUGGAGGUAUAUCGGAGAUUAAGAAUAUCAAUGGACACUCAAAAUCAUUGAAGAGAAGGAACAGCAUCAGCAAAGCCGCACGAGACCCUAGAGACGAGCCCCGGGGCAAGAAGCAGAAGAAGACUAAGAGCGAAGGUGCAGAAACGAGGUCACCUAGUCCGGUUAUUGAUUUCGAUGGUUUAAGCCGGCCGAGUCGGGGGACUCGAGAGAGACUUGAAGAGAGCUCUGAGCAAGCAGCCGAAAGACUAGAGAAGAUGCGAGGAGCCAUUCGUACGAUUCUAGAAUGUGUUGGCGAAGACCCAGAUAGAGAGGGCGUUCUCGAUACACCGACAAGAUAUGCGAAAGCGAUGCUGUUCUUCACCAAAGGAUAUCAGCAAAACGUCAGAGACAUUGUCAACAACGCUAUCUUCCAAGAGAAUCACAAUGAGAUGGUUAUCGUGAAAGACAUAGAAAUAUUCAGCCUCUGCGAACACCAUCUGGUCCCCUUUACUGGAAAGAUGCACAUUGGAUAUAUCCCCAACAACAAUGUUAUCGGUAUAUCGAAGCUACCGCGUAUUGCUGAAAUGUUCAGCCGCCGACUGCAGGUCCAGGAAAGACUGACGAGAGAAGUUGCCAAUGCUAUCAUGGAGGUUCUGAAACCCCAAGGCGUGGCAGUUGUGAUGGAGUCAAGUCAUCUCUGCAUGGUCAUGCGAGGUGUCGAAAAAACCACAACCAGCACCAUCACCAGCUGUGUGCUCGGUUGUUUUGAAAGAAAAGAGAAGACUAGGAAUGAGUUCCUAAGUCUUGUUGGGCUUAACAGAACCUAUAGGUAGGUACCUAAGGUUGCAAAAUAGGAUACCUUAUAUCUGCAUUUGAGGCGUUAUAGGUUCGGAGCGUGGGAUCUCAACAUCAAGCUCAUCCAUGAAUAAGGAAUGGGGAAUGCAUCUUAGAGCUCAACAGGCUCAACGCCUUAAAGGAAUCGGGUGGCGUUCAGGGAGGGGAUAAAAUGAUUCUUCAACAUUAUAUUUGUGUAUCAUCAACUGCGCCAUACUUGCAUUCAUUACGAGAUUUCUCGAACCGGAGCCUUUGCAAAUACAAUCUCGGCAUUCCGACACCCCGUCGCCUUAG